UUUUGGCCAGUUUAACGCGGUAGCCAAUACUAGACACUAUGGCGCUCCUGUCUCCUGAGGAGAAGGCUGCGGUCACUGCUCUGUGGAACAAGGUGGAUGUCGAGGACGUUGGUGGGGAAGCCCUGAGAAGACUCCUGAUAGUCUAUACAUGGACUCGGAGAUCCUUUAUGACCUUCGGGGAUCUGUCUUCGCCAUCUGCUAUUUUGGCCAAUCCUAAGGUGACGAUUCAUGGUAAGAAAGUGCUAGGUGCCUUCACGAAGAGUCUGAACCACCUGGACAACCUCAAUGACACUUUUGCUCAGCUCAGUGAGCUGCACUGUGACAAGCUGCAUGUGGAGCCUGAGAACUUCAUGCGACUGGGUAAUAUGCUGAUGCUUGUGCUGGCCCGCCACUUUGGCAAGGACGUCACCCCACAGAUGCAAGCUGCUUUACAGAAACUGUUUGCUGGUGUGGCCAUGGCCAUGGCUCACAAAUACCACUGAGAGCUUGACUUGUUCCCAACUGAUCCUGUCUCAUGGAAGACAAUUUUUCUCAGACUUCAUCUUUUGAAUUUUAUAAAAUAAUUCCCACCCAGGGAUAUGGACCUAAUAAAAGAUCAUUUGUCUCAA